CCAUGUGUUGUUGAACCCCACCGAUCUCCUCUAGUCAACAGAAUGAACGGCGCCACUGACCCGACCCAGCCCACUGAGAAGAGAAACCGCAAACCACGGCUCUCCAAAUGAUAUGAUAGUAGCUGCCUGGACUUUCUGUGCCUGUAGGAGCUUCGCCCAGCUGCUGCUGCUCCUCUCCUCCUCGGCGCCUCCGGCCCGGAGAACGCUCGCCGCCGCCCGCCUCGGUGCCAUGGGCAACAGCUGCGUGUGCAGAGAGGACAGCGACCUCGAAGACCACCGCCACGACUCGGCCUCAAGAGCCACCCGAGCUGAGGCCCGCCGGGUCGACCACGGCGCCGCCACCGUCGGAGCCGACACCGCUGACCGAAGCGGCCGGCCCAGAGAUCCGGUCCGGCCACCGCGCCGCGGCCGCGGCCCGCACGAGCCCAGACGGAAGAAGCAGAACGUGGACGGGCUGGUGCUGGACACGCUGGCUGUCAUCAGGACGCUGGUGGACAAUGACCAGGAGCCUCCUUAUUCCAUGAUCACGCUCCAUGAGAUGGCAGAGACCGACGACGGCUGGCUGGAGGUGGUCCAGUCUCUGAUUCGAGUGAUCCCACUGGACGAUCCGCUCGGUCCUGCAGUCAUCACCCUCCUCCUGGAUGAGUGUCCUCUUCCAACCAAGGACGCUCUGCAGAAACUGUCGGACAUGUUGAGUCUGAGCGCUACGGCGGCCCAGCAGGACGCUCUGAACCCGGCUAAGCACAGAAACACCACGGCCGUCCUGGGCUGCCUGGCUGAGAAACUAGCAGGACCAGCCAGCAUUGGCUUGUUGAGUCCUGGAACCCUGGAUUACCUUCUGGAGAGCCUGAGCGCCGAUUCUCACCCGACUGUCAUGCUGUGUCUCAUCGCCCUGGAGAAGUUCUCCCAGACCAGUGAGAACAAGCUGACCGUGUCGGAGUCGUCCAUCAGCGAUCGACUCGCUGUCCUGGAGACGUGGGCCGACAACCAAGACUACCUGAAGAGACAAGUCGGCUUCUGUUCGCAGUGGAGCCUGGACAACCUGUUCCUGAAGGACGGACGGCAGUUCACCUAUGAGAAGGUGAACCUGAGCAGCAUCAACGCCAUGCUGAACAGCAACGACGUCAGCGAGUACCUCAAGAUUUCCCCGACUGGAUUGGAGGCGCGGUGCGACGCCUCGUCCUUCGAGAGCGUGCGCUGUACGUUCUGCGUGGAUUCGGGCGUUUGGUACUAUGAGGUGACGGUGGUCACAUCGGGGGUGAUGCAGAUCGGAUGGGCCACCAAAGACAGCAAGUUCCUAAACCAUGAAGGCUACGGCAUCGGAGACGACGAAUAUUCAUGUGCUUACGAUGGCUGCAGGCAGCUCAUCUGGUACAACGCUCGCAGUAAACCUCAUUCUCAUCCCUGCUGGAAGGAGGGAGACGCCGUCGGCUUCCUGUUAGAUCUGAACAAAAAGCAGAUGAUCUUCUAUCUUAACGGACACCAGCUGCCGCCAGAGAAACAAGUCUUCUCCUCAACCACGUCGGGUUUCUUCGCCGCCGCCAGCUUCAUGUCCUACCAGCAGUGUGAGUUUAACUUUGGGGCCAAGCCGUUUCGCCAUCCGCCCUCCGUCAAGUUCAGCACCUUCAACGACUUGGCCUCCCUCAAGCCCACCGAGAAGAUCAUCCUGCCGAGACAUCGGCGUCUGGCCUUACUGAAGCAGCUCAGCAUCAGGGACAACUGCUGCACGCUGUGCUGCGACGUCAUGGCGGACACGGAGCUGCGUCCCUGUGGACACGGCGGGAUGUGCAUGGACUGUGCCUUACAGCUGGAGACGUGUCCGCUGUGCCGCCAGGACAUCCAGACCCGAGUCAGACUCAUCGCUCACGUCUCCUGACCAACUUCACGCUCUUCCUCCUCCUGCUCCUCUUCCUCUGUCCUGAUGAAGAUGACGUCGUGUUUCCCUGAGGAAGAGCAGGGGAGGAGUCUCCUCUCGGUGUUCUGAUCUGGACCGGAUCCUGACAGAACCAGCGUCUUGUUGAGGAGAGACCUGAGGAUCCCUCCUGCAGCUGCAGACGCUGCAUUCGGCCUGCAGAGCGUCUGCUUGUGUUUCUGCAGGCCGCAGUCUGAGGUACAGGCAUGUUGAUUCCAUCAAUAUGCUAAUUAUUGUACUCUAAAGGUAGCAUUUCAUAUUUCCUCCAUGGGCUUCUGUCUUUAUGAAUGGCCCAAAAACUCUUUCUUGGCUUUAUGCCUUUUUCUGCCGCUGAUGAAUUAUAAGAUUAUCAUUUAUAUUCCAAAUUCAGUUUGUCCUGCAGCCAGGAAAGGAAACUGAGAACACCUCAAGAUUCAACUGAAGCAACUAAUAGGAAGCGAAACAUGUCAGGAUGCUUCAUCAAGUCACCUUGUUUCCCCCAAACCGAGGGACAGGAGGCCCCGAGGGACAGGAGGCCCCGAGGGACAGGAGGCCCCGAGGGACAGGAGGCCCCGAGGGACAGGAGGCCCCGAGGGACAGGAGGCCCCGAGGGACAGGAGGCCCCGGCGCCGUCCCUGGGUUCACGGGGCUGGCUUUCACAAACAGAAUGUCUUUCAGGAAACGUUGUUUGUACAACCAAACAAAACGCUUCGGUAGGUUUGAAAUCAAACAGCGAAUCAUUUAACGGUCAAACAAAGCCUGGAAGAAGACGACAAGUCGGCACCUUAAGGUGGAGCAGAAGAAUCUGGCUGGUUGGAAACCAAGUUCAGGAUUGUAAAGAUUCAUUUGUGACUUAUAUUUAAAAUGUUUAUAAAGGAAUUAUGAUACGGAGUUCCCAAAGAUGUGAUUUAUUAAGAAAUUGUUGUUUCUUGAUUUGUGAUAUUUGUAAUAAUGUAUGUUAAUGUGCUCUCUGUCUGACUGACUCUGGUUUUCCAGCAUCGGGUCGCAUCAGCCAGAACCAGAACCAGAACCAGGACCAAGUGACCUUCAACACGUCCAGGGCUGAAUACAUUUAUCUGGCAUGACUUUAUUAUUUCUGCUGGUUCUGGUUUUCAGCUUCACAAAACUCAGAUCCUCAAGAGAUGCUAAGAGUUUGAAUCCGGGCCAAAACAACAGAACCUCCGGGUUCUGCUCAGAUCUGGGUCUGGGCUCCUUUCAUCAAUCAAUCAAAUUGAUCUGCGUAGCACAUUUCAAAGAGCUUUUAAUCAUAAAAACAGAAACUGAUUCAUGCAGCAUAGAAUCAACAAUCAAACAUGACAUUAAGUUGAGAGCCGUCGAUAAAUUGAUUAUUGAUUGGAUCUCGGGGUUUUGCAGUUUCUGGAAGUUCGUUCCAGAUUUGUGGUGCUUAGAAGCUGAACGCUGCUUCUCGUUUGGUUCUUGUGAUGCAGAACCAGAACCUGAUGGGUCUGGCAGGUUGCUAUGAUGACAGCAGAUCUUUAAUGUGUUGCUCAGUGAUUUAGAAACUAACCAGUGAGGGACUGUAGAACCAGCCGGGUCCAUGUGCUCCAGCCUCCUGGUUCUGGUUCUGGUCAGAACUCCAGCAGCAGCUGCAGGAUUGAUGUGUUGGACAGACCUGUAAAGGAAUCGAUGCCACUGAAGAUGAACCAGUUUCUCUCUGAGACGCCAGACCUCCAGACGCUCUGCAGGUGACAGAAGCCCGACUUUGUGACUGUCUUUAUGUGGCUCUGGCGGGUCAGAGGUCAGGGGUCAUCACUCCUCCCAAGUUUCAGUCUGAUCGCUGGUUUUAGUUGGAAUAACUGAAGCUGUGCACUGACUCUACAUCUAUAGAUCUAGAUCUAGAACAUUGAAGCAAGUCCUGCGUGUCUCUGCUGCUGAUCUGGUCCAAAUAGAAACUCUUUGCUCUCAUCAGGCUGUGAAAACUGAAACUUAAGACUGAAAAUCAUCGACCAACUGAUCCACAUCAUUACAGCUUCAGGACGAAGAGCAGAUGAGGUGAAUGUUUCUGCUGCGUUUUCUGUGGAAGAAGGUUUUGUGACAGUAGCCGUUUGUCCAACUGGGUUAAAGGAUAAAGGACUUCCAAAGAGAACAGGAAGUGAUGAAAGAUAACAGGAAGUGAUGAAAGAUAACAGGAAGUGAUCCAACAUCAGUUACAGAGGCACUGGAAAUAUUCCCAGUCUGACUGAUAACCAGGUCCAGUGUGUGUCCUUGAGUGUGUGUUGCUUGUGUGACAUGUUGUGUUAAACCAACAUUUUCUAAAACAUUAAAAGCUUUUUUGCUCCUCUGUCUUGGGGUUUGUCCACAUGAAUGUUGAAAUCA